AUGACCAUGACCUUGAGACCACUUCUCAUUCUCACCACCAUCUUUACACUCAUCUCAACCCUCUCACUGCUCAAGGUUUCAGCAACCGCAUCACUCGUAUUCUACAACAAGUGUCCGCAUCCAGUCUGGCCCGGGAUCCAGCCCAGCGCCGGAAAACCCAUUCUGGCCCGUGGAGGUUUCAAGCUCGCCCCCAACCGGGCCUACACCCUCCAACUUCCAGCCCUCUGGUCCGGCCGCUUCUGGGGCCGUCACGGCUGUGCCUUUGACUCCUCCGGCCGCGGGCGCUGUGCCACCGGAGACUGCGGCGGCUCUCUCUUCUGCAAUGGCAUAGGUGGUACCCCACCCGCCACCCUGGCAGAGUUCACCCUCGGAAAUGAACAGGACUUCUACGACGUGAGCCUGGUGGAUGGGUACAACCUGCCCAUCUCCAUCACCCCCUUCAAGGGAUCCGGAAAAUGCAGCUAUGCCGGGUGCGUGAGUGACCUCAACAACAUGUGUCCGGUGGGCUUGCAAGUGCGGUCAAGUGACAACAAGCGCGUGGUGGCCUGCAAGAGCGCUUGCUCCGCAUUCAACUCUCCCAAAUACUGCUGCACAGGCUCCUAUGGAAGCCCACAGGCCUGCAAGCCCACCGCAUAUUCCAAGAUCUUCAAGACCGCCUGCCCCAAGGCCUAUUCCUACGCCUAUGAUGACCCCACCAGCAUAGCCACUUGCACUAAAGCUAACUAUUUGCUCACUUUCUGCCCUCAUCGCCACUGA